CGUCCGGUCUCCUAGCAACGACGCCAGACACCGCUGAGCCUCUUUCCUCUGCACCCGCAAGUACCACCCUCCCCCAGUUUGCGACCAGCAAAGCCCCUCUACACCCCUCAAACUCUAGACCCUCUACUUCGAUUUGCUUUUGUCUCUCACAUCACCUCGAUAAUUUGCUCUGAAACCACCCCUCUCUCUUGUCCCCGAAGUCUCCGAACUUCUCUCUUCAUACCAUCCUGGGUUCCACCAUCCUCAGAAGCUGUCCAAGCUGCUCUGUUCUUCUAAGUUCCAAUCCUGCCCCAGGCCAGCAGCCUUUAGAUCAUGCCUGGAGCUAAGCUUGCCCAGAAUCCAGAGGAAGGGGGCAUGUGCAUUACCGAAGCCCUUAUCACUAAGCGGAACUUGACCUUCCCCGAGGAUGAGGAUCUGUCAGAGAAGAUGUUUCACACUCUUGCUGAACUACAGACAGUCCGCCUGGACCGAGAGGGGAUUACCACUAUCACGAACCUAGAAGGCCUCCAGAAUCUUCACAGCCUCUAUCUGCAAGAGAAUAAGAUCCAGCGAAUUGAGAACCUGGCCUGCAUCCCCUCCUUGCGCUUCCUGUCUCUGGCAGGAAACCGAAUCAGGCAGGUGGAAAACCUCCGUGACCUCCCACACCUCCAGUUUCUGGACCUUUCUGAGAACCUGAUAGAAAAGCUAAAGCUGGAUGAAUUCCCCCAGAGCCUGCUCAUCCUCAACCUGACUGGAAAUAGCUGCACCAACCAGGAUAGCUACAGGGAGCUAGUGACAAGAGCCCUGCCACUGCUCCUGGACCUGGACAGGCAGCCUGUGUCAGAGCGCUGGAACUCGGACGAGGAGGACGAAGCCUCAGAUGAGGAGUUCCCAGAGCUGAGUGGCCCAUUCUGCUCAGAGCGAGGCUUCCUCAAGGAGCUGGAGAAGGACAUGAUUAGGCACAAGGAGCACAGGCAGCAGGCAGCCCUGACGGAGCACCUUUUGAGAAUGGAGACACAGCCCACCCUCACUGAGCUCCCCUUGCUGCCCGGGAGGUCCGUGGCUGGGGACAGCAGCCCUUCUAUCACUCUCAAGCAGGAGAAGGAGACACCCCACGAGUCUACCUCCUUGCCACACGCCUCCUCUGCCACCAAGAAACCAUGCCCUCUGGUUUCCAGGGCAAAGAAGGGGGCCAGAGCAGCUGUAGCCACCAAGGCCUCUCUGGCUGGGGCCCCCAGCACAACCACAACUACGACCAGAAGAGUUAAGAAGUGAAGCGCCGCCCAUCCCUGUCAGUGGAGCCACAGGAACAAGGACUAGGCGAGAGCAAGAAGUGGGCUGCCCCUCCUCCUCAGAGCCCUCACCUGUGGCAGAAGCCUAUCCCAAUAAAGUGUCUCCGGGCCCUGAA